AUGCUCGACCAUGCUUCCCCCGAGGCCGCGUCUGCAGAUGCCCCCCUGAGCCCCGGAGAGUACAAGUUUGAAACAGCGGUGAAUCUUGAAAUCAUGAUCCUCAUUUUCCCAGGGGCUUCAAGAACCCCCAGCGAUUCGGCAGAGAUGGCAAAACUUGCCUUCAACGUCAGCACAAUGGCGUGA